AUGAGCUGCGACUGUUUCGCGAGGAGAGAGUCAUGGGUGACCGUCGAGCGCGAGAAAUGGAUCAACUGUUACUUCCGCAAGCUAGUGCCGUUUUAUAGAAAGUCCACCUGUCUGUGGAAGAAAGAUACGCGCAGCUAUUUGAACAGCGAGCACAGACACCGUGCCUAUGCCCGAAUUCAUCGAACCAUGGACCUGCCGGGAGUGACUUUGGUGGAGAUCGUGUUGAAGAUCCGCGAGAUGCGUCGCCUCUACGUGAACGAAUUGAAGAGGCUGCUGGAGGCGAGGUCGUGUAAUCGCUGCUAUCGGACCUCGCUACCGUGGUUCUACGAUCUGCAUCGAUUUCUCUAUCCCAGGAACAGUCGUGUCGAGGAUUUCUUAUCGUCCAACACGCAACGAGCUCUCACCACCCUGAACUCCAGUUCCCCUGUCGUUUCCUUGGCCGAGGUCAAGACUCGCCCUCGAAAUUGUCCCCGCUCCUGCAGCAGGAUUACCGAGGCUAAGAAACGGCUGGACAGGUUCUCUUCUCAACCAGGUGUCUGCUCAACGAACAGCAGAUCCACAUCCUGCUACGAAGAAUUCCGACAUCGCGGAGAUACGACUGAGAACGAAUUAAUGGACAGGCGACAGGAGAAAUGUCGCGAAUUUACAAUCUGCGGGUUGCACAGCAUGGCAUCCAGUGACAAUACUUGCGAGACUGACUCACAAUCAGAUCAAUUGGAUACUUUCUCUAUGACCGUGACAAGUUGUCUGAAGAAGCUGGACAAAUCGUGCGCGCUGAAGGCGCAGGCAAAGAUUCAACAAAUCUUGAAGAACAUGCUGAUGAAAUCGAAGGUAAUAAACCAGAAACAUCGAUCGAUACGAGACGAAGUAUUGGCUGCGUUUUGGAAAACGUUCUCGCUCCGAUUUGGCUGAAAUUCCGAAAAUGGGUUCCUUCCAGAUUGAAACGAGAAUUAUUUACGAGAAGGAUUCUUCGGCGAUUCAAGAUUUUGCGAAGAAAGUUUUAGAAAAUAUUUUCAAUACUACAUACGUUGUCUUACAACAGUCAUUACGAAUUUUAUAUAUAAUAAUUAAUUUUCUAACUCGUUUUAUAAAUAUUUUAUAAAUAAUUGUGCAUAUCGAAAAUAUCGUCUCAAUUUUUAAAUGAUCGAAUAUCCUUCUCAUAGACACUAACACCUGCAACCUGCUUUCAAAAUUUCAAUCAAAUCGAACAUUUCGAAAAUCCGGCCAGAGCAUUUAAAAAUCAAUCUAUUCCCUAG